GGCAGCGCUGGAUGUCAUUUUGAGUUAAUUUAUCAACAUUUCGAAACAAUUAGACCGACAUUGCGCCUAUUUUACUCGAAAAACGAUUAUAAUAUUGUGUGAAAAUACCCCCACUUACAAUAAUUCAUAAAUUAGCCGAUAAUCAGAAACCUGAGUGGCUGAAAAAUUUUGAGGUUAGAUUGAUUCAGGAGUCUUGAAUCUAGAGAAUACCAGGCCAGUCAAGAUGUCACUGAAAUACUCAGAGGAGUUUGCUGGACAAGCGAAGAAUCCACGCCACUGCAAAAUUUGUCACUACGUUACGACAUCAUUUUGCUCAAUGGUGACCCACGUCAGACGUCACCACUCUCCGUUGCCACAUUUUAACUGUGAAAACACCGACAUUGAAAUUUUUAACUGCAAAGAGUGCAACUUUCAAACACAACUAACCCUAGAGUACAAAAAACACCUUCAGGAACCCUGUAACAUUAAAAAAGAAAGUGAAAACGAUUUUACUAGCCACAAGUAUAUUUGUAAAAAAUGUCAUUUUGAAAGUCACUUUUCACUAAAAUGGCUGCAACACACCACAUCGUGUUUUCUAGCCCCAAAAAUUGUUUCUUUGUACAAAUGUCACCACUGUGAUUUCGCCACUAAAUACAAACACUACUUAAAAGAGCACGAAAUUCUGAAACACUUAACCGACGACGAAAUAAGUUGGCACCACUGCACAGAAUGUGCAUUCAAAUCAAAACUAGAAGGCCCUUUAAAACGUCACAUGAAAAUGCACAACGAAGACAAUCAGUGGUAUAAAACCAAUCAGAAAAGCCAACUACAAUUGCACCAUUUAUUAGACAAACCAAAUAUUAAAUGGCACAAAUGUAAACUAUGUCCCCACAAAUGCAAACAAAAAUCUAACUUAAACAAACACAUAAAAGCACGCCAUUUGCACGAAAACGACAUUAAAUGGUACAAAUGCAACCUGUGUCCACACAAAGCCAAAGACAACUCCUCUUUGAAACGACACAUAAACUUCCGGCAUUUAGACGACCGCGAUAUUAAAUGGCACGAGUGCCAGAAGUGCGCAUUCAAGGCCAAAGACAGUUCCGUUUUAAACAAACACGUAAAAGUGCGCCACCUAGAUGAACAAGAUAUUAAAUGGCACGAAUGCCAGAAGUGCCACUACAAAGCCAAAGACAACUAUAGUUUGAAAAGACACGUAAAUCUGCGACAUGUGGAUGAACAGGAAGUCACGUGGCAUCAGUGCCAAGAGUGCCAGUUUAAAACUAAGUUGGCGUCGACGUUAAAACGUCACAUAUCGAGGCGUCACGUGGGUGACAAGGACAUUAAAUGGUACAAGUGCGAAAAGUGCCCAUAUAAAGCUAAACAGAGUUGUAGCUUGAAAGUGCACAUAAAUAACCACCAUUUGGAUGAAGAGGAAAUUGUGUGGUACAAGUGCGAAAAGUGCCAAUUUAAAACCAAGACGAAGUUUUGUCUGAAAAGUCACACUAAUGCGUACCAUUUAAAAGAGGCGGAUAUUAAAUGGUAUGAGUGCAAAAAGUGCCCAUUUAAAAGCAAACAAAAUUCGAAUUUAAAAAAACAUGUGCGGAGUAGGCAUUGUAAAAGCGUAGAUAGUGAGUGAGACUGGAUAUUUUUAUAUAAUAUAAGGAAUAAAAGGCAUUUCUGUGA